AGCAACCAAGCCUUUCCUUCCCUGCUGGGAUACUCUCAAAGGAACACCCAUUAGCCAUUUCUUCUGUGCUCAGAGUAAGAAAGUGGGAGAGGAGCAUGCUGCCAGCUUUGCUUUUCAGCACUCCAGAAGGACCAGAAAGCUACACAUGUCUGUCAUCUUAACAGGACCCAAGACAGAUGAAACAGGAGUUGUGGGUAUUCAUCAUAUACUGAAAUCAGGCCAUUACUGGGGCAAUGCCUUUCCAUGGUUAUAGGCUAUGAAUCAGAUCAUGGUCAGAUCUAAGGUGACAGUGGCUCUGCCUAUACUCUUCUGCUGGAUUUACACAGGUGUUACAAACCUCCACUGCUCUGGAGACGUGUGGAUAGAACCAGCUCCAGUUGUUCAGAUGGGUUGGAACAUUUCGAUAAAUUGCCAUUCUACCAUAAACUGUGAAAAGUCAAAAUUAUACAUGAGUCUAAAUUAUACUCACAUUCAGGACAAAUUAUUAAGAAUAAACAGAACCACUGUGCAGCUUCAGCUUCAGGAUUUUAGGAAACCAGAUUCUACUACUGUUGUAUGUUUUGCGAAGUGUCCCAACAGUAUUGAAAGCCUGCUGGUAUGCGGAACGCAAUUUUCUACAGGAUAUCCACCGGACAGCCCCAGGAAUUUAACCUGUGUUAUCUAUGAACAUUCAAGCCACAUGACUUGUACUUGGGACCCUGGGAAGUAUACAUACAUAACCACUAAUUACACUCUCUUGGUGUGGAAUAUACAGACAUGUGAGAAGAAGGCAUUUCCUUCGAAAGGAACUCUCACCAUUCCAUUGAACAAACUGCAAGGAGAAAAACAGUACUCCAUGAAGGUCCAAGCCAAAAAUGACCUGGGCACAGCAUAUUCACCUGAUCUAAUAGUUGACCUUGAGGAUCUAGUGAUACCUGCAACACCUGUUAUCACCUUUGUUGAAACUACAAACACUUCAGCUCCAAGAACUAUAAUCCACUGGAGGAAGCAAACACUGGUCAACAAUGUUUACUGUGAAGAGAGAUACAAAGCAACAACAAAUCUAACGUGGCAGAUUAGAGAAUGGGACAUGCAUGCAAAGACCAAGCCAUGCACAGAGUAUACACUGGAGCCAAAUACGGAGUAUGAAUUUCAAGUUAGAUGCCGAAUAAUUCGUGCCAGAAGCAACUGGAGUGCGUGGAGUGUGCCCUUUAUUUAUCUAACCCCAGAAGCAACCCCUGCUAAUGUACCUGUGGAUGUGUGGAGACUAGUGGGUCCAGUAUAUGCAAAUGGGAGCAGAGAAGUGACAGUCUUGAUAAAGCCUCUUGUUCCAAAAGAUGCCAGAGGACGAAUUCUGGGAUACACAGUGUACUACAAGCACCAGGGAGAAAGGUUUAACUUAUGUAACACAACAGAAACCAAAUGCAAAGUCCUGGUAUCUGCUGAGGUGCAUACUCUCCAUGUGACGGCAUACAAUUCAAAGGGGAGUUCAAAACCAGCCAAUAUCACUACUGAUUAUCAAGCCUUCCCAUCCCCUACCAACAUGCAGAUUAAAUAUGAGAAUCAAAGUGGGAUCACUGUUAAAUGGAAGCCUCCUGGACCCAGGGAGAGGUCAGUCCUGUGGUUCAUAGUGGAAUGGACUUCUGCAUUUCAACAAAACCAGCUACAGAAUUUCCACUGGAAGAAAGUCCAACACCAGGUCACAACUACAUAUAUACAGGACAUUGCAGCUGGAAGACACUAUAAUGUUUCAGUGUAUGCAGUGUAUCAGGAUGGGAUAAGCCAACCUUGUUCUGUCCAAAGCUAUCUGGACGAUUUAGGUAAGCACACUCUUGUGGUGAAGUCACUGUUUGCUGUGAUGGAAGUAACACUCAUUGUUCAGUUUUAUGGCAAAUAUUGUUUUCCCCCAAAUCUUUCAAUGAAUUUGCAGUUUACUAGAGUUACUAGAUAUUGCCAACUAUAUCUAAAACUCAUAUCCCAUGAAACACCUCAUUUUUCAGAUGGUGAAGUUGGAGUUCUUUGGGGACUAGGCAUCGGUACGAUCAUACUGUCAAUUGCCCUUUUAACCUUGAUGUCUAAAAAAUCUUUUAGAAAAAGAAUUAGCACAGUGGCUGUGUCACUGACACCAACAUGUCUGCUUGAAGAUUUCCCUCAUGUGGAAAACAGCAACAUGAUCAAAUCACUCCAGAAAAAAAGUGAAUUCAUGAAUGACAUCUCCACUGAGUUUUACCUGGUUGACGAUGACCCUGUAGUUACAGAAAUACAGGAGAGCUUGCUGCAUGAGGAGAACAAGACUGUGGAUACCCCAAAAGACAACAGAGAAGUGACUACUGAGAAUGCAGACAGUCCACAAAACUCUUCACCUGACAGAUUUACAGCCACUGAGCAUAGCUAUGGGUAUAAACCCCAGAUUUUCAAUGGAAAUACACUAGGAUAUAUAUGUAGCAAUACUUAUGAAACUCAGACCCAAACACUGGAUCCACACACUUCUCCAUCAAGCCUAGAUACAAAUGUUUUCUCAAAGGAUGAUACAAGCCCUACUCCUUACUUGUGGAACGCUGAAGGAGUGGAGAGGAAUAUAUUUUUACUUGAGAAGAUUAAUCUCAUUUUAAGCAAUAGCAGAAGUGGGCAGAGCAGCACUUUCAGUUCAGCAAAUGAGGAGCCACGUAGACUUGUUGAAAACCAGCGGAAAGGAUCACUGUCCAGUGAAAAUGUUCAAGAGCAGACACUGGUUCCCGAUGAGUUGGUUUCUUGCUUAAGUGCUCUAAAUGAAGACUCCAGGCAUAUUAAAUCUUAUUUUCCACAAACACUGGAAGAAUAUUUCAAUAGAAAUAACUGUAAAAUAAAAAUCAAGUUUUUUUAUGACCAUGAGUUACCCAUAUUUGAGUUUUCAAACAUCAGAACUGAAAACAUAACUCAGGAUUUGAAGUUUAUAUUCUUAAGUGGAAUCAAAAAACUUUUGCAUGAGACCUAGCACAUUUCUGGUCUGAUUCAUAGCCAUUAAACUCAUGGGGCAGUUUUCACAAGCAUGAGAAUGUAAAUCUGAUUUCCUAGAUAAAUUCAAACUAAGGAAAUGUUAUCCUGCUUCCUCCAAUGCCCUUUGCAGUCCUAACUAGAUGCUGUAUUUCCCCACUUCUCGUUUUCUUACAGGUAUGAUGUUUCACUCCAGAGAUGGUUGCAUUUUAGUGAUGCAUACAAUGAUUAGCUGUGGGUCAUAAAAUACCAUGGGAUUGUCUGGAAUGGCAAGGCAUUACAUUUAAGAUGAUUUAUGUAUUGAAUGGUAGAGACCUGGAUGCUAUAAGUCACAAAGUUGUUCUCAUAUAAAGGAAUACAGCUAUUUAUUUUUCCACUUUUGU